AUCACAAACAUCCAAGAUGCCGUCUGCAAGUGUGCGCAUGUCGAUUGCAUUGGUUAUAGUGAUUCUUUUGCGAUUGUCUGCAACAAAUAGAAGAAAUCAUGCGAGGAGAAGAAGACGUCUACAACGCCUACGAAUGCUGGUGGAUCAGUUUAUGACUGGUGAGCCAACAACAUACUGUGCCAUACACCACAACAUGCCUAUACUGCGCCUGUGGUUCGAUGUGGAGACUGAGCUGAGGCAGGAUUUCCGCCUCACCAGAAGAGCGAUGCACAGUUUACAGAGGCUUUUGCACAGGGAGCAGGACCAUGGCUGGGGUAAUGAGCUUGAGGUACUCAUAUACACCUAUUGGCUGGCACAUGGACUCUCUUAUCGGGUGGUGGCCUGUGUCUUUAAUGUGCCAAAGGCCACAGUUCAUGACAUCAUCCACAGAGUGGCCCAGAACAUAUGGGACAAUCUGAGGAGAGCAAUCGACUUCCCUCAAACAGUGGACCUGCCUGCAGUGGGUCAGGGAUUUGUCAACAUUUCUGGAACCCCUGCAUUCCACAAUGUGGUUGGAGCAAUCGAUGGCAGCCACAUAUGUAUAAAACCACCACAGCGUCACAGAUUGGACUAUUUGAAUUAUACUCAAUCAACAUGCAGGCAAUAUGUGACUCGAAUGGCAGGUUUCUGGACAUUUUUGUGGGGUAUCCGGGGUCUGUCCAUGACACACGGAUACUGA